AUGCUCCGAUUCCAGCCUCGAGGGCAAUUGCCCACGAGCAAAUGGUUUAAUUCCAUAUCUUUCUUUUCUUCAGCAUCUGCGCCCCGACAAAACCCCCCUUCAAACAACCGUACAGGGGCAAAAACGCCAUUAAAUACCGUAUCAAGUCAUAUCACACAACCAAUAUCACAAGGAGCUUCCCAGGCCAUGUUAUAUGCCACUGGGCUUUCCACGGAAGAUCUUUCCAAAGCCCAAGUUGGUAUUUCCAGCGUCUGGUACAAUGGAAAUCCCUGCAAUAUGCACCUUCUAGAUCUAAGCAAUAUCGUACGGGAAGGUGUUCGAAAGGCAGGGCUGAUUGGCUAUCAAUUCAAUACCAUCGGUGUUAGCGACGGCAUAAGUAUGGGAACGAAGGGUAUGAGGUUUAGUUUGCAAAGCCGUGAUUUGAUUGCAGAUUCUAUAGAGACAGUUAUGGGUGGCCAGUGGUAUGAUGCCAACAUCAGUCUCCCCGGAUGUGACAAAAAUAUGCCGGGUGUCAUAAUGGCCAUGGGCCGGGUGAACCGCCCUAGUUUAAUGGUUUAUGGCGGCACAAUCCGUCCUGGUUGUGCGUCAACGCAAAACAAUGCAGAUAUCGACAUUGUCUCCGCAUUUCAAGCAUAUGGCCAAUUCCUGACUGGCGAGAUCACAGAAGAACAGCGUUUCGACAUCAUACGUCAUGCUUGCCCUGGCGGUGGUGCAUGUGGUGGGAUGUACACUGCAAACACCAUGGCUUCGGCUAUUGAAGUCAUGGGAAUGACUUUACCGGGAUCAUCCUCUAACCCUGCCGAAUCCAAGGCGAAAAAGGUUGAAUGUAUGGCAGCAGGUGAAGCUAUUAAAAGGCUUCUGGUCGAGGACAUUCGACCUUCAGAUAUCCUAACCAGGACGGCGUUUGAGAACGCCAUGAUCUUGGUCAACAUCACUGGCGGCUCAACGAACGCCGUCCUUCAUCUUAUUGCUAUUGCAGACUCUGUGGGUAUUAGGCUUACAAUUGACGAUUUCCAGGCCGUUAGUGAUCGCACCCCAUUCCUCGCAGACCUCAAACCGUCUGGAAAAUACGUUAUGGCCGAUUUACAUACUAUUGGUGGUACUCCAUCAUUGAUUAAAUUCCUUUUGAAGGAAGGGAUUCUAGACGGCUCAGGAAUGACUGUAACUGGCAAAACUUUAGCAAAAAAUGUAGAGAAUGUGCCAGAUUUCCCAUCCGACCAGAAAAUCAUUCGCCCACUGAAUAAUCCUAUAAAAAAGACCGGCCAUCUUCAAAUUCUUCGAGGUAGCCUUGCUCCGGAAGGAAGCGUUGGAAAGAUCACCGGUAAAGAAGGAACUAGCUUCACAGGUCAGGCACGGGUAUAUGACGAUGAAGACGACUUCAUUGCUUCUCUGGAGAAAAACGAAAUCAAAAAAGAUGAGAAAACGGUUGUCGUUAUUCGAUACACUGGACCCAAGGGUGGGCCAGGAAUGCCAGAAAUGCUUAAGCCUUCCUCCGCCUUAAUGGGAGCCGGGCUUGGUUCUUCUGUCGCCUUGAUUACGGAUGGUCGCUUUAGCGGCGGUUCUCACGGCUUUUUAAUAGGACACAUUGUUCCCGAGGCUGCAGUGGGAGGCCCAAUAGCGCUUGUCGAGGAUGGUGAUAUCAUUACAAUUGACGCGGAGCGGAGAAUCCUAAACCUUGAAGUAGCCGACGACGUUCUUGCACAAAGAAGGCAGAGAUGGCAAGAAAAACAGGACGCCGGCCUUGGCCGUGCAACAGGGUUGUCUAUGCGGGGAACUCUAGGUAAAUAUGCGAGAGCUGUAACUGAUGCUAGUCAUGGUUGUAUCACGGAUGCUAUAUGA